AAAUUUAAAUUAAAAAAAUCUGUGGCACAAAGAGAAAAUUACUAAAAUAUUUUAUGGUGUAAUGGUGCGAUAUAAAGGUUCGUUAAAGCAUUGAACAUUUAUAUUCUAAGUUUAUAAAAGUGAUUUUGUUUAAUUAAAAAAUUUUCAAUUAUUUGUGUUUCUAUUAUUUUGUGUUGACUUUUUUUAAAGAAGUAAACAAUAUGGCACGGAUAUUAAAUGCCAAACGAUAAGCGAAAUCAAUCUUUAAACUAAACAUUUUCAUCAAACUGAAUAAAGUUUUUUGAAGGUUUACGUAAAAAACGUAAACUAGAGGAAGAGCAAUGCAAAUGAUCACAGAAAAAGCGCAUAAAAACAAUAGUAAGACGAAACUCUUAGGAUGCAGCUUUGAAUGCGGGCUAGUAUGGUAUUUCGGCGGCCUGAAAAAAAUUACAAAUAUAAAAUCGAAACACAAUCGAAAUGUGGACAUUAUUCAGUUUCAAUAUCAGCUUUCAUCGUACCAGCUAUAACAAGUCCUCAGACUAGUGCUAUCAGCUCCAAUGUAAACAGUUGGAAUAUACAGCAAAACGUGCGGUUACUUCACAAACCAGACCGUAUAGGCAUUUUAAUUGACAGUAGUCUCUUUUUCGAUUUAAAGUGUGCUGGCCAAGCUCGCUUAGCAAAUUUAUCCACUUCGAAAAAUCCCUACUGGGAUUGAUGGUGUCUGAUGAUCGAUUUCCAAUUUCUAAUUCAUGGCUAUUGGCAACAAGAGAUAAACAUACCGAGCAUUAAGAAGAAAAUUUGGAUAAGCUAUUUAUAUUUUUCUGCGAAGUUGAAAGUAACCUUAACGAAUGUGGUCUUUCGACCAGUGAAGAUGUCAUUUGUGAGCAAUACUUUUAAUAUCAACAAAUUGCAUUAUUCAGAUGCUAAGCGUUCCAAAAGUAAUAGAAACCCAAGUACUUGGAAAUUUUUGCGAGUGUGCUUUUCAGCGGUUUAAUCGUUAGGAAGAGAAAUCGAAAGGCAUUACACAGCGUUUAUGAACGAAAUAGAACUGAAUCACGUGUCGAUGGUCACAUCCCCCCCAAAUAUCAACACCCAUCACAAACCACAUGGUUGUUUACUAAAGCAAGACGCCACAAAAACCAAAUUGAUACCGCUUCCCAUUUUUCAUUAAAUAACAUUUCACUCCGAUCCCUUAAUCCAAGCAAAGCUAUAAACAAACAUUUACAUCACACAUUCAACAUAGCUUUGAGCGGUGAUACUCACAACAUGUACCGGUAUCUAACGGUUUCUCAGCUAGAUGAUUAUUGACAGGGCAUUUUUUGGAAACAUAACACACAUGAUGACAUCGAAAUCUACAAACUGCCACAUAGGUCAGCAGCCUUUUAGCGGUUCGUGCUUUGCAACACCCUUCGAUUGAUGGAAGGAGCUCUUUUGCGUUGGCUUCUGAAGUUGUAAGACGAGAUUUUUACGUUGAUGACUUAAUCUCUGGUGUUAGUUCCAUUAGUCAAGCAAUUAAAGUAAAACUAAGAGCUUUAGUUUCAUAAUUCGAAUAUUUUGCUUAAACGAUCAAGCAAUUUUACCUAAUGUUUCACAAUCAGAUUGUGAACAGUUGCUCAAAUUUCGUUAUACAAUUAACGUAACUAAAUCUUUAAAUCUUGUUUGGCAUCCUAAAAACCAGUAUUUAAAAUUUUUUGUUUUCUCCUAGGCUAGUAGCAACCUAGCGUACCGUAUUGUCUAUCAUAAUUUACCUCUUUGGUCCCCUACGUCCGCUUAGCCUAAUAACUAACAAGGCCAAAAUAUUCAGGCAGAUUUUGUGAAAGAACAAUCUGCAAUGGGAUGAAAGCUUGUAACAAUCAUUAUGUGAUUGGAGAUCAGACAGACAGACUUUUAAAAAUAUGUUAUAUUUGUAAACCUAUAUUUGUUUGCUAAAUUCUAUGACGAUUUUCGGUAGUUCUAAUGAUCGAAGUUAGUGAUGCGUGAUAAAAAGCUUUUUUUUUGGCUUUUGGUUUUUGGGUAGAUGACGAGUAAUGGUUACGUUUUUAUAAGAAAGAACGAAAAUAUUAAACGAGAGAUCAUUUGAGAUUUUAAUAAAAUUCGACGUUUGAAAGUUUGUUUAAACGGCAACGUUGAAAGUAUAUGAAAAUCUUCAUUGUUCGUAAUAUAAGCAUAAAAAAUUUUGGGGUGUAAUUUUAGAACACACGUGGUUGCAAGGGACUCUUGUGCUUUUUUUUUUUUUAAGUUGUGAAACGGCAAAAAUGGUGGUGGGUAUUGCUUCCAUAUGUAAUGAAAGCGAAAAUGGAAAACAUUACCAUUUGACAAUGCUAUCUUUAUCUAUAAGUUACUUCUGCUCUAAGUUAGCCAUUAAUUGAACACCGUUUUUUUGUAAACAUAAAAGAAACGAAAUGCUGUCGUCCAAAUUGCAGCAAAUUGGAAUAUAGAAUAACGUAAGUAUAUAUAGUAAAUCAUAUUAGUAAAUUAUAUGCAUACGCUGUGAACACAUAAAGAACGUCUACUGCAGUCUGCGAAUAAACACCAAAGUCUGUUAAGAGAUUCAUGAAAAGAAAAGGGAACUGUAUAAGAGCAAUCCAGAAAAAAAGUAUAGGGAAAAAUCCCAAAAAUUAUAUAAUGCGAACAAUAGCGAGUUAGAA